UCUAUGUGAUUUAGUUUUUGGUUUUAAUAAAGUAUAAAAUAAUAAUUAAAGUGUUCGGAAUGGCAGACGAGUCUGCAGUGAAAGUGUGUGUACGGAUUAGACCGUUGAUACAAAGGGAACAGUCCGGUUCCGAAAACACAGAAUCCGUCCCUGUUUACUGGAAGGCCGACAGACAGGCGAUCCAUCAAGUGGACGAUGGCACCAUCACCAAAUCUUUUGCCUACGAUCGGGUUUUUGGUGCCGAGGAGUCCACAAGCCAGCUCUAUGAGGAGAUUGCUAAGCCUCUGGUGGUCUCUACAGUCAAAGGCUACAAUGGAACAAUAUUUGCCUAUGGUCAAACUUCCUCUGGGAAGACUUUCACGAUGAUGGGGAACUCCUGUGCUCCUGGUGUCAUCCCGAUGGCCAUGGAAGAUGUCUUUCAGACUAUCAAAAAUUGCCCAGAGAAGGAGUUUCUUCUGCGAGUGUCGUACAUGGAAAUCUACAAUGAGACAGUGACAGACUUGCUCUGUGAUAGCUGGAAGAGAAAACCUUUGGAGAUCAGGGAGGGGAACUAUAAAAAUGUCUAUGUGGCUGACCUGACAGAAGAGCUGGUGACAUCUGCAGAUCAAGCCCUGGCCUGGAUAAGGAAAGGAGAAAAGAACCGUCAUUAUGGGAAGACGAAGAUGAACCAACGUAGCAGUCGAUCGCACACAAUUUUCCGCAUGAUUUUGGAAAGCCGUGAAAGAAGUGAUCUGGCUUCUGGUGAGAAUGUGGACGGUGCCAUCAUCGUUUCUCAUUUGAAUCUAGUGGACCUGGCAGGAGCUGAGAGGGCCAGCCAGACUGGAGCUGAGGGAGCAAGACUCAAAGAAGGCUGCAAUAUAAACCGUAGCUUGUUCACCCUGGGUCAAGUUAUCAAGAAGCUGUCAGAGGAAAGCCAGGGCGGUUUCACAAACUACAGAGACAGCAAAUUGACUCGAAUCCUUCAAAAUUCCUUGGGUGGCAAUGCUAAAACAGUCAUCGUCUGCACUGUAACCCCUGCAGUUGUGGAUGAAACAAUCAGUACUCUCCAGUUUGCCAGUGCUGCAAAGCGCAUGAAGAACGACCCCCACGUGACUGAGGUGUCUGAUGACGGGGCGCUCCUAAGAAGGUAUAGGAAUGAGAUUGUGGACCUCAAACGACGUCUUGAGGAGGUUUCUUCAGUCACUCGCACAGCAGAGACUGAGAAGGAGGUGUUGGCUCAGCUGUUACAAGAGAAGGAUCAACUCCAGCGUGAGCAGCAGGACCGCAUAAGGAACCUCACCAACAUUAUUGUUACUUCCUCAAACUUUGUUGCACUGGAGAAGAAGAUACUGAAGAGGAGGGUCACCUGGGGUGGUAAACAUCUGAAGGACAUGCAUUUUGAGAGCCACAUCUUUGGAGAGGGUGAGAUCAGCUUUGCUGCUAAGAAGAGAAAAGUGGACCUGUCAGUUUUGGCAGACCGAGAUGAUGAAGGAGAUGAGUUCUGCCCGAGAUGGGAAAUUCUAGAGGAGCCCACGUUUGACACGGACAUGAACCAAAGCAACAUCACUACCCGUAGCUUUGAUGACGGAGACUUUCUGUCCCCCCUCAGAAUGAGUGAGCUUUCUGAAAAGGUGUUCAGUCUGGAGCUUCAGCUCAAGACAGAGGUUCAAGAGAAGCAAGAUGCUUUAGAAACCAAAGCAGUUCUAGAGAAAAGCAUGGCUGAGCUUCAGGCUGAAUCCCAGUGGCAGAGGGAAGUCCUGGAGAAGAGGGUUGCUGAGCUGGAGGCUGAAGCCCUGGAGAACAGGGCAGCUAAGCUGGAGGCUGAAGCCCAGGAGAAGAGGGUGGCUGUCCUAGAGGCUAAAGCCCUUGACAACAAGUCUGCCCUAGAGAAGAGGGUUGCUGACCUGGAGGCUGAAAUCCUGCAGCAUGGGGGGCAGAAGGAGGCAUUGGAGAGGAGGGUGGCUGAGCUGGAGGCUGAAGCCCUGAAGAAGAAUGUGGCUGGUCUGGAGGCUGAAGCCCUGGAAAGGAAGAUGGCUGAACUGGAUGCCAAAGCUCUGGAACAGAAGAAUAUUCUGGAGAAGAGGGUGGCUGAGCUAGAGGCUGAAGCCCUGGAGCAGAAGGGGGCCCUGGAGAAAAGGGAGGCUGAAGCCCUGGAGAAGAGGGUGGCUGAGCUGGAGGCUGAAGCCCUGGAUCAGAAGGGGUCCCUGGAGAAGAGGGUGGCUGAGCUGGAGGCUGAAGCCCUGGAUCAGAAGGGGUCCCUGGAGAAGAGGGUGGCUGAGCUAGAAGCUGAAGCCCUGGAGCAGAAGGGGGCCCUGGAGAAGAGGGUGGCUGAGCUGGAGGCUGAAGCCCUGGAACAGAAGGGGGCCCUGGAGGAGAAGGUGGCUGAGCUGGAGGCUGAAGCCCUGGAGCAGAAGGGGUCCCUGGAGGAGAAGGUGGCUGAGCUGGAGGCUGAAGCCCUGGAGCAGAAGGGGUCCCUGGAGAAGAGGGUGGCUGAGCUAGAGGCUGAAGCCUUGGAACAGAAGGGGGCCCUGGAGAAGAGGGUGGCUGAGCUGGAGGCUGAAGCCUUGGAACAGAAGGGGGCCCUGGAGAAGAGGGUGGCUGAGCUGGAGGCUGAAGCCUUGGAACAGAAGGGGGCCCUGGAGGAGAAGGUGGCUGAGCUGGAGGCUGAAGCCUUGGAACAGAAGGGGUCCCUGGAGAAGAAGGUGGCUGAGCUGGAGGCUGAAGCCCUGGAGAAGAGGGUGGCUGAGCUGGAGGCUGAAGCCCUGGAUCAGAAGGGGUCCCUGGAGAAGAGGGUGGCUGAGCUAGAAGCUGAAGCCCUGGAGCAGAAGGGGUCCCUGGAGAAGAGGGUGGCUGAGCUAGAGGCUGAAGCCUUGGAACAGAAGGGGGCCCUGGAGAAGAGGGUGGCUGAGCUGGAGGCUGAAGCCUUGGAACAGAAGGGGGCCCUGGAGGAGAAGGUGGCUGAGCUGGAGGCUGAAGCCCUGGAGCAGAAGGGGUCCCUGGAGAAGAGGGUGGCUGAGCUGGAGGCUGAAGCCUUGGAACAGAAGGGGGCCCUGGAGGAGAAGGUGGCUGAGCUGGAGGCUGAAGCCUUGGAACAGAAGGGGUCCCUGGAGAAGAAGGUGGCUGAGCUGGAGGCUGAAGCCCUGGAGAAGAGGGUGGCUGAGCUGGAGGCUGAAGCCCUGGAGAAGAGGGUGGCUGAGCUGGAGGCUGAAGUCCAGGAGAAGAGGGUGGCUGACCUGGAGGCUGAAAUCCUGCAGCAGAAGGAGGAGUUGGAGAAGAGGGUGACUGAGCUACAGCAACAGUUGGAGGCCAAUCCCAUGAACACAACUGAGGACACCCAGGAGCAGUGUAAAAAGGAUCUUGAAGAAACCAUUCAGUUGUGUGAGAAACUGGUGAUUGAGAAGGAAGCUGCUGAAGCAGAGCAUGACCUCAUCAGGGAGAAGUUAACCCUCUUGCAGGAAGAGAAGUGUGUCCUGCAGGAAGCUGCUGAUGCCCUGAAGCAGGAGAACUACACUUUGAAGUGGGAGAACAACCAUCUCCUAGAGGAGGUGAAGGAGAAGAAGGAGCUUGAGGAAUUCAGUGCCCUUGAGCAAGAGUGUACAAAGCAGUAUGAGAGUGAGCUAAAAGGUGAGAUUGCCAGCCUCCAGAGCGCAGCAGAUCACUCUGUCACCCACAUCCAACAGCUUGAGGCUGACCUGGUUGCCAUGUCUGCAGAGCUGAUGAAGAAAGAUGAGUGCAUUGCACAGCUACAGGAUCUUAAUGGGAAAGACCUGAUCCAAGAGAUAGAACAGUUGAAGCGCUCCCUGGAUGAUGCUGAGGCAGUGAGCCGUGAUGCCAAGAAAGAUUGGGCCGUCCUGCGUAGUGAGAACUUGGCUCUUCGAGAGAGGGAUGCAGAGCUGUCAGCCACCUUUGAGAAGCUACAGGGGGAGGUGCAUUUUCUGCGGGACCAGCAGGGGGCAGAUAAGAUCCGCUUCAAGACGAUGCAAGCAGACCUCCAGCGAGAGCUACAGGGAUCCUUUGAGGAGAACACCAAGCUGACGGCCCUCUUAGACGGCAAGGUCCCUAAAAAUCUGAUAGACAGCAUCGUGCUGGAGAAGCAAGUUGCCGAGCUAAAGAAGGAGUUGGUGUUGAGCCAUGAAAGGGUGAGUUCCCUGCAGGAGGAAGUACAGGAUCUCACUGCUCUCAGGGACUUCCCUGCCAAGGUGGACCAGCUGAUGCGGCAGAUCUGUGAGCUCACCAAGGAGCUCUGCUCUACACAGGCAGAUAAGGACAGUUUGGAGGCCACAAAAACUGCCAGUGAACAGAAGCUUCAGCAGCUGGAAGAGAAGGUGCAAGAGACCCAGGAGCAGCUGGCCCACACCCAGGCCAGACUGAGUGAGGCAGAGAGCAGAGUUGCAGAGCUCAAUCAGCAGCACUUGGAUACACGUGGCCAGAUGGAGGCACUGCAGAGCGACACGGCAAGCUGGGCUAUGGAGAGAGAGCAGCUUCUGAGCUCCAUUGAAGACCUCGGUCAUGAGGUGAAGCAAAGUAACAAGCAGGAGCAAAUUUUGGAGGAGAAACUAGCUGAACAGCAACAGCUUGUCAAGGACCUGAAGAGGGAACUCAAUGAAGAACAAGCUGCAAGGGGAGAGAAGGAGAACCUGGAAGAAAGAUCUGGCCAGUUGAUGGUUGAGAUCAAGAAACUGGGAGAAGAGCUGGAGACCUUGCAAACUGAGAGAUGUGAGCUGAAGAGCAGCCUUCAAGAGAACAUGGAGAAGACGAUUCAGCAAGCUGAAGAGCUGGAGGAGCUGAGAGCAGAACGAGAUCAGCUGAAGAUGGAUCUCCAAGAAAAUGUGGAGAUGAUGAUUGAAAACCAAGAAGAGCUAAGAGCGGCACAAGUGAAGAUCAAAGAACAGCAGAAGACCAUGAAGAAGCUGGAGAAUCAGAUUGAACUGAUGAAGUCUCAGCUUGAAGAAACAAAAGAAAGAUGCUUACCCAACUAUAAAGACCUAGAGGAAAAGGUCCACGAGGAAUCGAGACAACAACAAAACCUCAGUGAAGAAAUGGAUUGCCUUCAGCUACAGCAAGCCAAAGAGCUGGAGACCCUGCAAACUGAGAGAGCAGAGCUUCAGAAGAAUUUGCAGGAGAAUGUGGAAAAGUGUGGACAGACUCAAGCUCAGCUUCGUUCAGUUCAGGAGGAGCUGGAGAGACAGCAGAAGGUGAUCUCUGACCUGACUGUACAGAACACAGAAAAAGUGUCCCAUCUUGAGGAGCAGAUCUGUAAGCUCACUGAGGAGCUUUGCUCUGCACAGGCACACAAUGAAAGUCUGGAGGCUGCAAAAAGUACCAGUGAACAGGAGCUUCAGAGGCUAAAGGAGGAGAUGCAAGAGGCCCAGGAGCAGCUGGUCUACACCCAGGCCAGACUGAGCGAGGCAGAGAGCAGAACUGCAGACUUCAGUUGGCAACACCUGGAGGCUCUGCAGAGCAACACAGAAAGCUGGGCCAUGGAGAGAGAGCAGCUCCUGAGCUCCAUCAAAGACCUCAGUCACAAGGUGGAGCAAAUUUUGGAGAAAAAACUGGCUGAACAGCAGCAGCUUGUCAAGGACCUGAGGAGGGAACUUGCUGAAGAACAGGGUGCAAGGGGAGAGAAGGAAAACCUGGAAGAAAGAUCUGGCCAGUUGAUGGUUGAGGUCAAGAAGCUGGGAGAAGAGCUGGAGACCCUGCAAGCUGAGAGAGCGGAGCUUCAAAACUCUUUGCAGGAGAAUGUGGAAAAGUGUGCACAGACUCAAGCUCAGCUUCACUCAGUUCAGGAGGAGCUGGAGAGACAGCAGAAGGUGAACUCUGACCUGACUGUGCAGAACGCAGAGAGAGUGUCCCACCUUGAGAAGCAGGUCUGUGAGCUCACUGAGGAGCUCUGCUCUGCACAUGCAGACAAGGACAAUCUGGAGGCUGCAAAAAAAGCCAGUGAACGAGAGCUUCAGAGGCUGGAGAAGGAAGUGCGAGAGGCCUGGGAGCAGCUUGCUGAUGCCCAGGCCAGACUGAGUGAGGCAGAGAGCAGAGCUGCAGAGCUCAAUCAGCAGCACCUGGAUAUGUGUGGCCAGAUGGAGGCGCAGCUCCUGAACUCCAUCAAAGAUCUCAAUCAUGAGGUGGAGCAAAGUGGUAAGCGGGAGCGAAUUUUGGAAAAUAAACUGACUGAACAGCAGCAGCUUGUCAAGGACCUCAAGAGGCAGCUUGCUGAAGAACAGGCUGCAAAGGGGGAGAAGGAGAACUUGGGAGAAAGAGCUGGCCAUUUGAUGGUUGAGAUCAAGAAGCUGGAAGAGGAGCUAGAGACCCUGCGAACUGAGAGAGCAGAGCUUCAGAACAAUUUGCAGGAGAAUGUGGAAAAGUGUGCACAGACUCAAGCUCAGCUUUGCUCAGUUCAGGAGGAGCUGGAGAGAGAGCAGAAGGUGAAUGCAGAGAGAGUGUCACACCUUGAGAAGCAGGUGAAGCAGCUCAGUGAGGAGAUGGAAGAGGAGCAGAAAAAGGGUAGCCAGUUCAUACCUCAGCUGGGGGACACUUCAGCACAGCUAUACUCAGAGCUGAGCCAGAAGAGUGUGACCAAGGACUCGAGGCAUGUCCUGCGCCAGAGAUUGGAUGAAACAGAGCGGCAGCUGUUGGGUCUGUUUGAGCGGAUUGAGAUGUUCCACACCCGGGUGCUGCAGGCCCACCAGAGCCUGAACAUGCAGCUGGGGGAGCUGUCACUGGUACAGAACAAGCUGGUGUUCAGUGUGGUGCGCAAGAUGUCCUUGCCCUCUCGCAAGCUCUUCAUAAACCUCAGCACGAGCACAGAUGACAUCAAAUUGCUUCUGACCACGGCCGCGCAGUUGUACGCCUACUUGGCAGAGACGCACAGGAAGCAGUUUGAAGCUGAAGCUCAGCAUGAUCUUGUCUGUGUGGAGGAGCAGCGGCUACAGGACCUGCUACUGAGUCGGGCUCAGGCACAGGGGACCUCCAGGUGUGCCACCCUGCCAGACUUUCAGGAUGUCUGGGACCAGAGGGUGUCUGAGCUGCUGGAGAAAAGGGAAGGCAAACUCCAGAAGCUGCAGGGCAUCCUGGCUGAGCUAGAGGAAGGAGUGGCUCGCAGUGAAGCCAUCGCAGCCAAGGAGCUCUCCCUGGAGCAGAAGAGCAAUAAGGAGCUGCAGAUGCUAUGCAGCACCGAUCCCCCCGACUUGGACACUUUGCACAGUCUGCUGGACCAAGAGCAGAGGCGGCGCAUCAUCCUGGUGCAGCAGGAGAAGCCGUCCUUGCAGCUCUUGAGGGACCAGUUCUUCCAUACCAAGAAGUGUCUGCAUGGCUUCAAGACAGAGGCCCAGCAUUUUCUGAAAGAGGAGAGAGGGCGGAGCCUAGCAUUGUUGCAUGCGGUGGACAGCUCAUCUACACAGAUGGAAAACGCACAGCUUCUUGUACAGCUGAUGCAGGGCGAGCAGCAGAUCAAGGGCCUGCAAGUUCAGAUUAGGGAGCUGGAGGAGAGCCACAGGGCCAUGCAGACACGGGAAUCCAGCCAAACCAAGAACAGCGCCCUUCUACAGAACCAGCUCUGUGAAGUCAAGAGAGACCUCACGCUGAAGGAGGAGGAGAUCCAAGACCUCCAGCAGCAACUCUCGGCCCAGGUGAAGAAAGGAAUGGUGCCCAGUGCUUUGGAGUUGGAGGAAUUGAAGAACAAGCUGGUUAGGAUGGAGGUGGAGAGGAGUGCUAUGACCAGCAGCCACCAGGAAGAGAUGGCCAAGAUGACUGUGCUCCUGGAUCACAAAGGGGAGGCUCUAAGGAAGCUGAAGGAGACACUGAGGAAAAUGCAGAACCAAGAUGACAUGUCCUCAUCAGUGGGGGGGACCACCUGUCCAAAGGCAUCAGCCAACGUGGGAAGAGGCCGCGUUGUCCUCAGUACUGCCCAGAUAGAGCGGGCCAAGCUGGAGAACGAUGUGAAGCGCCUGGAGAAUGAGGUAGAUGAGCUGCAGAGACUUGUGUCCAGCCAGAAGGAGGAGAUCGCAAAGUGGAAGGGUCGUGCCCUCAGGCUGAAGGAGAACCAGCGAGAUGCGCCAAACAAUCAGAGACUGUCUCCCCAGCACACGCCCUCCAAGAGGCAGCAGCCAGUGGAGCCCUGUGACACUCCCAAGAGGAAGGCCGAGACACCGGUCUGCCCCAAGCAGCAGGACUUGGCCAAUGUGGAGCCUGGGACAGGAGUCAGCACAUCAGAGAACGAGAAGGCGACUGUGUGGUGGCCCAUGUCUCCCAAUCAGGCUGACAACUGCAAACCCCAGUGAUGCACAGCAUGUGUGCGUGCUCUGUUAAUGUCAGUUUUCUUGUUUUGGUUGGAAUAUUCUGCUGUAGCAUCUGUUGUGUUCAGGUGCUUUGACUAUUUAAUCUGUGUUUUUCCCCUUAAUGUCAUUUUAUACUUUUGUACUGUAUUGUGGCACUGCAACCCGUGGGUGGUGCUGUCACCCUUCACUAAACCUUACUAUGAAUAAAUGGCUGAGCUUACUGUUGCAGUUCUACUGUGUGUCUGUAUGCACGCAUGCUGACAUAACAUGCCUAAAGGUGACAAUAUUGUACAACAAGCAUUGUUUACAUAAAAGCUGUAAAACUAAUAUUUUGCAGGUAAUGGAGGGGUGCACAGCAUAACAUCCCUCUGCAGUCUCUACCCAACCAACUUUUUAGCUCCUCUAAUGGCUGCUUCUGAUUGGCUGUCUAGCCAUUAAUAAACUCCGGAUUUUAAUUUGCUGGUCUGUGCUGUGGUGUUCAUCACCAUGUGGCCGUGAGCCACGUCUGCAGAUCUCUUUCCUCCUGUGUGGAGGGGGGGGGAUGCGCAAAAUGCUUCUGCGCUGUGGGACUGAAGCCAGAGUGAACCUGCUUGACCCCUUUACCGCCCCCUGCUGUGCCAGUUUACCACCAAAGAGAGACUCUCAAACUUACAGAAAAGUGUCACUUUAUUUUUUUCAGAGGGACUGUGGCACUUAGUGUAAUGUUGCUGUCUUUGGGGGUGUUCUGUUGGGCUGAUUCUCUUGGAGUGUAUCAGUACAGUGAGCUAAUGACAGGAAAUGAGGAAGGGA